AUGAUGGAAUAGAAUAACUAUUUCGAAGAUCUAGAAGAAUUUUUAAGAUCUUCAAAUUUAUCUCAUUAGGUUCUCCAUAUUGAUACGACAUAAAGCGAAAAUUAAAUUGAUGAAAUUGGUGCAUCAGGAUUAAGUUCUGGUAAAGGAAAAUAUACUAAUCUCUAAAAUUUAACACUUAGUCUUGAGUAUAAGUAUAUUGAUGCUAUUGGAGCAUCAGAUUUAGGUUCUGGUUUGUUAAAGUACACUAAUCUAUCAAAUUUGACACUUAAUCUAAGUUAUAAUUAAAUUGGUGAUAAAGGUACAUCAAGCUUAGGUUUUGGUAUAGGAAAUUGCUCUAACCUCUCAUAUUUAGAACUUUAUCUUCAAGGAAAUUAAAUUUCUGCAAUUGGUGCAUCAAGUUUAAGUUCUGAUUUAGGAAAGUGUACUAAUCUCUCAAAUUUGACACUAUUUCUUUGCUAUAAUUCAAUUGGCGAUUAAGGUGCAUUAGCCUUAGGUUUUGGUUUAGUAAAGUUCACUAAUCUCUCAAAUUUGACACUUCUUCUAUAGGGAAAUUAAAUUCAUGCAAACGGUGCAUCAGGCUUAAGUUCUGGUAUAGGAAAAUGCACUAAUCUCUCAAAUGUGACACUUAAUCUUGAAGAAAACUCUGCCUUUGAAUCAUAAUAAAUGAAAAUGAAAUGCCUUAAAUCAAGAAAAUUAGUAGUUGCAGAUUUAGCAUUUUAAUGA